AUGCUAGAGCGAACCGCAGGAUGCAUUGAAAGCGCAGGGCGCCGUUUCCUCCGAGGUCCCGGGCAACAUGCUGGUGCCAUUUCCGACUAUUCACACUGGCAAUUUGCGCCUCGGCGCGCACCGCGACAAGGACGCUCAGAUCCACCUGGCUCUCCGGCCACAGCUGACAUUCGGGCUCCAUUUCUCCAUUUUCUAUAUCCAAUUGGAACCCAAGAAUUCAUCGUCACGCGCUUGCUGCGCUCAUCAAGGAGCGUUUUCUCCCGGAGAAGGAAGCGGAGUGUCCCUAACAAUACCCGGUCGUAUACCUCCGAAGCUGCAGUUCAUCAACCGGUGGAGAGACGUCAAGCCGUUGGCACCUCUGGCACAGAACUUUUGAAACCACGGACCAUCUCGGCUGAAGAUGCACUUGUCGAAUUACUCAAUGAGGGGAUUACCGGCCAAACCGAUGAAGCAUGGAAACUCUGGAUGGCCGCUGAUCACCGGCUUGACUUGAAUCGAACCUUUCUCGCGCAGCUCAGCAAUACUGGAAAUCGAGAAGACCAUACAAGGGCCAAAAUCGUUUGUGAAUCAAUACCUGAACAUCUGCGGUCAAGUGAUGAUUACUUGCAUCUUAUAUUGUCGUCUCUCGCAUUCGGGCAACCAGGUGCAGUGAAAAGACUCUGCGAGGACACGCUGAAGGGCAAAGACCUGACGCACUGGGCAUACAUCCUAGCCCAUUUUGUGAAUAACUCUCAAUGGUCUCUUGCCGCUGAGAUUUGGGAAGCCAGGACUUCGCUUUCAGUGAAUAUCGAUGAGGAAGGGGAGCUCUGGCUAAGAAGCCUUCUGUUACCCUCAUACGAUGCGUUUGGCGUGCCUAAAUCCACGAAUCCCUUUCUCAAUACUUCGUCGCUUUUCCCGAACUUGCUCGACCUUACUCGGACCCUCGAAAACUCUGGGAACAGUGCGUCAACAGAGUCUUUCCCACCACUGUAUUGCCUUGCCCGUUUUCUCGUCCAGUUUGUCUUUAAGUCUCGCACUGUGGUCCGAAAUAUGUCUCCGCCAAUCCUCUACUCCCUGGCCAAAGUCUCGUAUUCCGCGGGGCUGAUCAAUAUACGGCACUGCUACGAUAUAAUGCGUAUCCUUCUGGCUGCCAAGACAGAGUCAGACGUCCGUCGUGCCGUGUCUCUUUUCCAGAAGUGCCGCUCGCUGGUCAGCGACGAGGCACCCGCCGUCGACCUCUUUGAUCUUUUCUUUAUAAGGUUCAGGAAUUUCCGGAUCACAGACUUCGUUGAGUAUUUCCUUGAUCAGUACACUCAUUUCUGGGGAAAGCCAAGCCGGAGAUCAUAUGGGGAAGCGCUUGUUACCCUGUCUCGAGCCCGUGAUGUAACGAAAGCCCAGACAGUAUUCCAAAAAAUGCUCUCUCACUACGAGCCGGUGACGUCUAAAGAUCUGACGCCGCUUCUGAAUAUGCAUGCAUCGGCUGGUGAAGUGGAGAAAACCUUGGUCGAGUUUGAGAAAAUAUCCGAGGACUGGAACCUUGAGCCAGGCACCAUGUGCUGGAACAUCACACUUACUGCAUAUGCAAAACGUUCUGACUUGCACGGAUGCUUCCAGCGCUUCAAGCUGAUGACCGAACGAGGUGUACGGCCGAAUCACUACACGUAUGGUAUUUUGCUGGGGCUAUGUGGCAAGCGUGGUGAUCUCAAAAUAAUCAGCGAGUUGUUGGCUUCUGCCAAAGAGCAGGAACUCAAGUUGACAACUGCCAUGCUCGAUCCGAUUGUGGAAGCGUAUUGCAAACACAAGGACUUUGCGAUGGCAGAACGAAUUGCAGAGCAAUGUCUCAGCCUAAAAUUGUCGGGUUCACGAACGAGAAUGUGGAAUAUAAUAUUAUGGAACUACGCGCAGAGGCUGGACUUGAAAUCGAUAUCCAGGAUUCGAUCACGCAUCGAAUCUGCUGGAAUCACACCUGACGAUAUGACUUAUGCUGCAAUUACGUUAACCCUGUCUCUUUUGGGUGACACUGAGUCUGCCCAUCGUAUUGUUAAAACGCUUCAUCAGAGCGGCAAAAUGCAUCUCACGGAGUUACAGUUUGCUAUCCUUCUUUUGGGUUACGUGAAGCAAAAGAAUAACGACAUGAUACUCGCCACCUUCAAGCAGUUGCAAGCACGGUUUAGGGAUCCUCAGGGCGGUUUAAGCGAGGAGAUUCAGCUCUUAAGGCAACAACUCCAGCGGGACUUGGUGACCAUGCAUUCCCAAGGUGAUGCGAACGCCGGUUUCAAAUUCACAGAGAAGUUUCUCUCCGAACUUAUCGCAAAAUGCAAUCCUGUUUAUGUUGAAAAAACCAAAAAGCUGGCGGGUAUCGGCGGUCAGCAGCGCCCUCGUCGUAUUGCAGACAGGCAACCUACGCUUGAUGAGGGUGAGGAAACCGCAAUGGAGUCGAUGCCUAUUGGUUACGAAUUACAGGAGCCUCGUCGUCACGCCGAAGGGUAUAAGCAAGAACAUCCGUUUCGCUCCAUGAUGCGAUCUGCAAGGAAGGGUUGGAUUGACGAUGUUGAGCGGAUUUGGAAGAACUAUAUUGCAAUCAAAGGUUGCCCGGACUCACUCGAUUACGCUCCCUUCCGGAUGCUCGUGACUUUCAUGAUCGCCCAUGCGACUGCAAAUAAUCACCAGAUGGUGGAUGAAAUCUGGAGAAUGGCCUAUCGUCGAGCACUAAAAAUGGCACUACCCCUCGGCAGCACUCAGUUGCCUGACCAGACAUCCGCCACUGGUCUUAGUACGUCUCGAGCUUUGCCACAAGAUAGCAACAAAGACGAGAGCGAUUCUGUUAGCGAGGGGUAUACGAUAGAAGAGCCACUUCCAAAAUACUCCUCCCCGAUCCUUCGCGUGUACCGUUUCUUGCUGACCCGACAUUUGUCGGCUUAUAUGUGGUCUUUGCGCAGAAGGCGCGAAAUAUCUAAGAUCAGGCAACUGAUAGCAGAUGUCGAAGCUGCUGGGUUUUCGCUGACAACAUUCAACUGGUCUACAUACGUUCAAGUGCUUGCGACAUCCCAGGAGUACGCAGACAUUGUUGAAGCGUUUAGGAUCUUUGAGGAAAGAUUCAUGCCCAAUUUUCCCGGUUCCUGGGACAACAUGAUGCGUGCAAAAGGUUUCAAGCACUCCGGUGUCUCUGAUGCUAUUCACUUGCUCGACCGCAGCCGACCAUCGAAUUUUCUAGGUGGAAUCACCAGGAAAUACUGGCUUAAACAGAACCCAGAUUAUAUGCAGCCAACCAUGGUUACGAUGCUGCAGCUCGCUACGAGUCUUUCUCGAGUACGAGAAAAUAGCGUCAAGGCUGGAAUGGCUGAAUACCAAGAGCUCUACAAAAUCGCACCGCGCACUAUCGAUCGACUCGCGAAGAUGCCGAUCAGUCGACGGCAAUCGCGCGCUCGCAAAGCAUUACUCGGUAGAGGGCGCCGUGGUCCACAAUUUACUGUCGUCAAACUCCGGCCUGGUUGGACAAGAAAUCGAAUAUUCAGACCCAAGAGUAUAGGUCCAACCUAG